AUGGCUGCUCAGCAGAACGGUGCCUCCAAUGGCUUCACUGUCAAGGCCGGUUUGGCCCAGAUGUUGAAGGGCGGUGUGAUUAUGGACGUCGUCAAUGCGGAACAAGCUCGCAUUGCCGAGGAAGCGGGAGCUGCCGCCGUCAUGGCCCUUGAGCGUGUCCCCGCUGAUAUCAGAGUUGAGGGUGGUGUGGCGCGCAUGUCGGACCCCGGCAUGAUCAAGGAUAUCAUGAAGGCCGUUACUAUCCCCGUCAUGGCUAAGGCCCGUAUUGGCCACUUCGUCGAGUGCCAGAUUCUCGAAGCCAUUGGUAUCGACUACAUCGACGAAUCCGAAGUCCUUACCCCUGCUGACAACGUCUACCAUGUCACCAAGCACAACUUCAAGGUCCCCUUCGUCUGUGGCUGCCGUAACCUGGGUGAGGCCCUCCGUCGUAUCUCCGAGGGAGCUGCUAUGAUUCGCACCAAAGGUGAGGCUGGUACCGGUGACGUUGUCGAAGCCGUGAAGCACAUGCGUACAGUCAACGCCGACAUUGCCCGCGCCCGUGCUAUCCUGCUGUCCUCCGCUGACCCAGAGCCGGAGCUGCGCCUGCUCGCUCGCGAGUUGGAAGCACCUUAUGAGCUCCUGCGCGAGACCGCCGAGAAGGGUCGCCUUCCCGUGGUGAAUUUCGCUGCCGGUGGUGUUGCCACUCCGGCCGACGCCGCUCUCAUGAUGCAGCUGGGCUGCGACGGAGUGUUCGUGGGCUCGGGCAUCUUCAAGUCGGGUGAUGCGAAACAGCGUGCCAAGGCCAUCGUCCAGGCGGUGACUCAUUACAAGGACCCCAAGGUUCUCGCGGAGGUCAGCGAGGGUCUGGGCGAGGCGAUGGUUGGCAUCAACGUUUCGAAAAUGCAGGAGGCCGACAAGCUAGCUCAGAGAGGAUGGUAG